AGACAGUCGCUGACUCUGACUGACUGAGUAAUUAGGCCUAGUUUAGCGUCGGUUAUUAUUCCGGAAUGGUAUAGCAGUAAAAAAAAGUAAAACAAUGGCAAAGUCUGUCACACAUUUCCGGAAUCCACCGAAAGCCUGUAUUUGAGCGUGUCAGGUUAAACAAACCAAGACAUGAAGACAGUAUUGAUGGUGGCUGAAAAGCCAUCUUUGGCCCAGUCACUAGCCAAAAUCUUGUCCAAUGGAAACAUGAGCACUAAGAAGGGAUCCAAUGGAGCAUGUUCAAUCCAUGAUUACACAGGCAGGUUUAAUGGGGAGAGCGUCCACUUUAAAAUGACCUCUGUCUGUGGUCAUGUGAUGGGCUGUGAUUUCCCUGGCAAGUUCAACAACUGGGAUAAAGUGGACCCGGUGGAGCUGUUUACUGCCCCCAUCAGUAAAAAGGAGGCGAACCCAAACCUUCACAUGCCACUGUUUUUACGCAAGGAGGCCACUGGUGCUGAUUACCUAGUGUUGUGGUUGGAUUGUGACAAGGAAGGAGAGAAUAUUUGUUUUGAAGUCAUAGACUGUGUCAGGAGUGUCAUGAACCGCCUACCUGGCCAGCAAAUAUUUCGAGCCAGGUUCAGUGCUAUAACUGACACAGACAUAAAGCACGCCAUGAACAACUUGGUGGAGCCGAAUAAAAAUGAAGCUCUGUCUGUGGACGCCAGACAGGAGCUAGACUUGAGGAUUGGAUGUGCCUUUACCCGCUACCAGACGCGCUUCUUUCAGGGAAAGUAUGGCGACCUUGACAGCACUCUUAUAUCUUAUGGACCUUGUCAAACUCCCACUCUUGGAUUUUGUGUAGAGCGUCAUGAUAAAAUACAGUCCUUUAAACCUGAGCCCUAUUGGGUCAUACAUGUACAGGUGCAGUUACCAAAUGGAAAGUUGAUGAAUCUAGACUGGGAAAGAGUCCGAUUAUUUGAUAAAGAUGUAGCGCAAAUGUUUGUUAACCGCAUCAAGACUGGGGAUGGAGCUUUGGUCCUUGAAACAGUCCAGAAGAAGGGAGAGAAGCCAAAACCCCUUGCCUUAAAUACAGUGGAGAUGUUGAGGGUAGCAAGCUCAGGGCUAGGCAUGGGACCCCAGCACACCAUGCAAGUGGCUGAGAGGCUCUACACGCAAGGAUACAUCAGCUAUCCCAGGACUGAGACCAACUCCUACCCAGAGAACUUUGACCUCAGAGGAACACUGAAGCAACAGUCAUCCCACCCUGAUUGGGGCAACUUUGUUACAGAACUGCUACACAGUGGUAUCCAGAAACCAAAGAAGGGCCACGACGCAGGUGACCAUCCACCCAUAACCCCCAUGAAAUCGGCCACAGAAAGUGAGCUGGACUCUGACAGCUGGAGACUGUAUGACUACAUCACCAGACACUUUAUAGCAACUAUCAGCCCCAACUGCACGUACCUACAGACAACAAUUUACUUUGAGAUUGGCUCGGAGAAGUUUUCCUGCUCUGGUAAAGUUCUUGUGGAUCCAGGCUACACCAGCAUCAUGCCCUGGCAGCAACUGGGAGCUGAUGAAGAGAUACCCAUCCUCAAGAAAGAUGAAAAGUUGGCGCUAGAGGAGGUGAAAUUAGUUGAUAAAAUGACCUGCCCGCCAGACUAUCUGACAGAAAGUGAGUUGAUCACACUCAUGGAGAAACAUGGCAUAGGCACGGACGCCAGCAUCCCUGUACACAUCAACAACAUUUGUGAACGCAACUACGUCAACAUCAUCAGCGGCAGGAAGCUGAAACCUACACCACUGGGCAUUGUCUUAGUGCAUGGCUAUCAGAAGAUUGAUGUAGAUCUUGUGCUACCCACUAUGAGGUCAGCUGUAGAGCAACAGCUGACACUGAUAGCCCAGGGGAAAGCUGAUUUUAUGGAGGUCAAACAGCACGCCAUCGACAUCUUCCACCGCAAGUUCAGAUAUUUUGUUGACUGUAUCGCAGCCAUGGACGAACUGUUUGAAGUCACAUUCUCAUCUCUGGCAGAUAGUGGCAGACCUUUAUCUAGGUGUGGCAAGUGUAGAAGGUACAUGAAGUUUGUCCAGGCUAAACCAUCGCGCCUCCACUGUUGUUCAUGUGAUGAGACCUUCUCGCUGCCCCAGAAUGGCAACAUCAAGCUGUACAAGGAGCUCAAGUGUCCACUGGAUGAGUUUGAACUGGUCUUGUGGUCGACAGGGGCCAAAGGAAAGACUUACCCGCUGUGCCCCUACUGCUACAACAACCCCCCAUUCUCUGACAUGAGAAAAGGGAUGGGCUGCAAUGAGUGCACACACCCCACGUGUUCUCACGCCUUUGGACAGAACGGAGUCUCCGAGUGUGUGGAGUGUGACAGUGGUGUGCUGGUACUGGACCACACCUCAGGUCCCAAGUGGAGGAUGGCGUGUAACAAGUGCAGUGUUGUUGUCCAUUUUUUUGAUGGAGCAUCCAGAGUGAGCGUCAAAGAAGAUUCGUGUGAAGAGUGCGGAGCUAAUGUUGUGGAGGUAGCAUUUAAGGAGGGCAAGAGUCCAUUUCCUGCAGCCAACACCGAGCAUUCAGGCUGUGUAUUCUGCGACUCUGUCUUUAAACCACUCAUGGAAAAACACCAUGCAGCAGUCAUGAGAAGAAAUGUCAGAGUCAGCCGAGGCGGGAGAGGACGAGGCAGGGGAGGACGAGGAAGGGGCAGAGGGCGUGGAAAGCCUAAAGAUAAAAUGGCACAACUUGCAGCAUACUUUGUUUGAAUGACAUAACCUGCUGCAUACAAUUAGGUACUCCAAACUGUGGUUUCAGCACAAUUUUUUUCCACCACAAAGUUGUCCCAUAAAAUUAAGCGUAUGAAUUUUUUUUUUGUUAAAAAAAAAGGGAAGAAUACAUAUUUUUGUAGCUCAAAGAACUAUUUUUAGAGCAAAAAAACCAACCCCUCUUUACCCCUACCCCAUUCUGAUGCUCCCGUGCCAUAUGACUUAUGAAUUCUAAACUUACACUUCGAUUGAAUGACAUUUAGUCUCGUAUAAAAUGUUUAUUAUUUUAAGUAGUAAAAACGGCUAAAAUAUCAAUUUUUCUACGAAAAAUUUAAUGGUCACCAAAAUCCACAAGACUAAAAAUACAAAUUUUCUACUAGAAUGGUUAGAAAGAUAGUCCAUUUUUCUAAUCAAUAGGACUUUCUGAAGCGCAUAACUUUUUUUCUAAUAGUCCAACAGAUGUAAAAUUGGUGUCCACAAUCUUAGAAUUAUUACUAUUAGUUACUAUGCAGAAAAACCAAAGCCGUUAUUGUGCGGCUGAUUUUUGAAAAAUCAGUUUGGAGUACCUAAUGCAAAGAAUAUGUCAAUAAAUGCAAUUAGCAAUGUUUUCC